CUGGUGCGGGGCUGCGUGGAGGCCUCGUGCGCGGCUGGUGAGCGGGGCGCGUGCGGCCCCCCCCUCAGCUGCAGCCUCCCUCCCGUACAGCAUGGCCAAGAGCCUGAGGAGCAAAUGGAGGAGGAAGAUGCGCGCCGAGAAGAGGAAGAAGAAUGCGCCCAAGGAGCUGGAGAGGCUGAAGAAGAUCCUGGGCACCAAAGCGGAUGUCAUCAUGGAGGAGGUCAAGGAGGUGGCGACCGUGCUGCCCCCCGAGAAGGUCCUGGAGCAGAGAGAUGACUGCAAAAUGGAGAUGGAUAAUAAACGAAACAAGAAAACUCUCCUAGACCAGCAUGGACAGUACCCAAUAUGGAUGAAUUCCAGGCAAAGAAAGAAACUUAAGGCUCAGCGCGUUAAAGGGAAAAAAAAAUCAAAAGUGGCCAAAGGCCUCGUCUGGUAAAAUCAGUUUUGUAAGAUCAUGAAUAUUUUGUUUAACAAAAUAAAUUUCUCACAUAAAUUAA